AUGUGGGGUGCUCCAUCGGGGGAAACUCCCGUGGUGGAUAGUUUCAUCUCAAGCAUCGCAGACCUCGUCAGGAAUCGGAAUGGGGCUAAACUACAGGACUUCCUCCAGAUUGAGCCUCCAUUGCCGCCUGUAUACCAUGAUAUGAUUGCUGAGAUGCGGAGGCAAUACCCGCAACAUGGAUAUAACGAUAACCAGCUUAUUACGAAAUGUGAAUCUGUAAUUCUAGCCACCGAAUCCGGGAGCCCUUGGUCCGCUUUUCCCAUAUUUCUGCGGCAGUAUUUUACUUUCCUUCGGGAUGUCAAUGUCGAAAACCUUUUGGAUACCUACGAUCUGCUAAAAGCACUAUUGAAUCAAUGCGUCAUAGCUCUCAGCGAUAGUCAAAUGGGCGUCAUUGUCCUACCCACGGUUUUGUAUCUCUCAAAAGUUCUUGCCAAGCUGGCUAUUGGCUUAGAUCGCCGACCGGAAUUGGUCUCACACCUGAUGAAGGAAGGGUCGGGUUCAGACGAGGCAACGGAAAAGGUAACGCUCGUGGAGAAAUCGGCAAAUGUUGUCCGGGAAGCUUUUAUUAAAUGUCUAACGGAUAGAAGCGGUCUUGCUGGCUCACAAGGGAAACCAGAAGGCAAACGGGUUGGCAUCUAUUUGAUGGCAAACUUGUGUCUAAAACUGUUAUUCAAGUGUGGCAAGCUUCGAAAUGCUGAACAAAUGUUUGCCAGUAUCAAUGCUCAAUCACCUCCACUUGCCCAUUUUCCUGCCUCACAGAGAGUAACCUACCUUUAUUACCUGGGCAGGUACCUAUUUUCGAACAAUCUCUUCUUCCCUGCGCAAACUGCGUUGCAAGCCGCCUACAAUCAGUGCCACAGGCAGGCACUUCAACAAAGACGUCUGAUUUUGACGUACUUAAUCCCGUGUAACAUUAUCCUUGGCCGCUUCCCAUCGAAAUACCUCCUUGAACGACCGGAAUCCAAAGGAUUUGAUGAUAUCUUUCUCCCCAUCUGUCGAAUAAUUGCCAGUGGCAAUUUGGGGGCAUUUCGAUCAUACCUAGAUUUCAACUCCCCCCAUGCAGAAUGGUUUGCUCGUAAGGGAGUUUUGCUUCAGUUGCGUAAUAGAUGCGAAAUUCUAGUGUGGCGUUCCCUUGCUAGGAAAGUGUUUAUAUUUUGCGGGUUUCAUGGAGAUCAAAAGGCCCAGGCACAAAGAGGGCCUCCACCAUUUCUCUAUCUUCACAAACUAGAGGCAGCGGUGAAGUGGAUGGAAUCACUCGGACCUAACUCAGCUUCGCAGUCGCUUUUCCCUAUGAAACAACUGCCACGACCGUCACAGCAGCCCAACCAACCCAACCGACCGCCAGGGAGCCGCCUAUUCUCCUUUCCCCCGGAUCGUGAAUUUAUAAACCCCAACACUGCCAGUGCGAUGUCCCAUACGUCUACCGAUUAUGAUGACUAUUUCCAACCGGAGGGUUAUUUUGACCAAGACGGGCGAUGGGUUCAAGUCGCAUCACCUGAUGAUCUCCCCAGCGAUGCCGUUGCCGACAGCCAAGACGCCGAUAGUCUCGCCACUGAUGCUCUAGCAUAUCUACCUCCUACAGAAGCUACUGAAGGUGAAAACCAUGCAGGCGCCCCUUCGUUACUGAUGCGCGAUCUUGAAUCGGUCCUCGCAUCGCUACUUACACAAGAUCUGAUGCGCGGCUACCUAACACAUAAGAACCCGCGAUUCGCAAUCCCGGGAGCGCGUGUGAAAGGUCUCCUCCCGACCGGAUUUCCCAAUGUAUGGCAAACCAUCCACGCCAAAGAAAGCGAGGAUGACCAAGUUCCGGGCUGGGUAAAACCAGCGCUGAAUCCGGGGUUCGGUCCGACGGCUAAGGGAUUCGCACCCAGUCCUGCGGAAGGAAUGGGUGGACGCGUUGUCAAUCUGAGUGGAGCCAGGCCUGUAGGUUCUCUGGAGAGCUAG